CAGAAAGAACAUUCAAAAUGCAGGCAGGGCACAGGACAAAGCAGUAGGGACAAAAUCAAUGACAGCAAAAAUUUCAAAUUUGCCACCGGUUCCGGUGCCCGUACAUCCCGACGUCACAGGGACUGGAACACGGAAGCCGGAUGCCGGCAUCGGCCGGAGGAGAUGGCCGGGGAUGCUGCAGGGGACACAUCGCGGGAGCGAGGGACAAGGUAAGUGCUGCAGGGACCCCCUGAGCAACGCCGCAUGGUAAGCCCGAGUGUAGCUCAAGGUUACCGCUCUUGGUACUGAAAU